AUGUCUCGAGGUAAUUCCUCUUUACUUCCAUCCCUUGUCUGUCCCUCCUCCUUUGUCCCUCCUUUGCCGCUCUGCUGUCCCUCCUCUGUCCCGUGUCCUUUCAGCUACAUUGCAGGAAACAACCUGACAGGGUCUCUUCCUGCGUCCAUGUCACGGUUAACGAACGCCUGGGGCAUUGAUCUGCGGCGCAACAACCUCUCAGGGCCCCUGCCUCCCUCUGCUUUCAACUGGUCCAUGUCGGCACUGUAUUUGUCAGAGAACCAGUUUGAAGGGGAGCUUCCACCCUAUCUUGGCGACUUCGCUGCAAAAAUUGACUUGUUCGAUGGGAAAAAUGUGAGUGACUUGUUCCAUGGGAAAAAUGUGAGUGACUUGUUCCAUGGGAAAAAUGUGAGUGACUUGUUCCAUGGGAAAAAUGUGAGUGACUUGUUCCAUGGGAAAAAUGUGAGUGACUUGUUCCAUGGGAAAAAUGUGAGUGACUUGUCCCAUGGGAAAAAUGUGAGUGACUUGUUCCAUGGGAAAAAUGUGAGUGACUUGUUCCAUGGGAAAAAUGUGAGUGACUUGUUCCAUGGGAAAAAUGUGAGUGACUUGUUCCAUGGGAAAAAUGUGAGUGACUUGUCCCAUGGGAAAAAUGUGAGUGACUUAUCCCAUGGGAAAAAUGUGAGUGACUUAUCCCAUGGGAAAAAUGUGAGUGACUUAUCUCAAUGGUCGACAGCACACUCACAUGCCCUGCUGACAGCACCCCCUGCUCCUCCCAACUCAAGAAGCUGGCCUCUCCACCUUAUCCCAACUACUUUUGCAGCCGUAUCUGCCCCUCCUUCUGCCAGACGUGCAUCGCCCCUUCUCCAUAUGACACAGGGGGGGGGGUCAGGGGGUGGCACAGGAGGAGGGGGUUUGGGAGGGGGGGGGUUCGGAGGAGGGGGGUUUGGAGGAGGGGGGUUUGGAGGAGGGGGGUUUGGAGGAGGUGGGUUGGGAGGGAUGUUUGGUGGGAGCUCUGUUGGGGGUUUUGGAAGUACCAAUGGCUUGCUAGGGUUUCAUCCACACCCCCUAGCUGGUGUUGACUGGCCUCAGCCAGUCCCUAGUUUUGCCUCGCGAACACAUUUCUUGUUCCUGCUCGGCAGGCUCUUUCUGAACCCCGCCAUGGCGGUGCUGGACAAUCCCGGCUCCAGCGAUCCCGACCCUGAUUCCCAGCCUGCCUUAACAGGCUUAGACUUUCUUCUCAGUACGUUAGAACUCGAGAAGGCAGCACGCGCCACGCCCGAUACGAUCCCCACACAGAAAGAACCCACGGCACCGGUUAUCUCACUGUCUGCCGACCCUGUGGCAGAGACAGCUGCGGAACCAACUGUCGCAUCGGCCUCGCAGCAUCCGACUCUGACCACGGCGCGCACGAUCCGGCUCAAGCAGGCGACAUUGAGCUUCUGCAAGGCAUCGUCGUCGUCCGCCGACGUCAACGCCCCCGGAACAUCUGAGCGACCGCGUCCACGCCGUAACAUCAAUCUGGACGAGCUUAUCGAAGAAGUCUACGAUGAGGCGAUUGACAAGUUUAAGAGUCACUGGUCUGCUCGUUUUCCGUGGCUUCGGAUCACUAAAGUCGCCUCUGGUUUGCCUGCGUUCAAGUGUACUGUGUGUGUGUCAUUUGCUGGCGAUGCAGGCAAGUGGGGGAGGAGUGGGAGAGGUGCUACCGAUUUGCAGACACAGUCGUUUCGGAAACAUGCUGGCACGGCGAAGCACAAGCUGGCGAUGGCGAGGUUGACAUCUGCGCAGGAGUGCCGGGCAACGCAGCCGCUUAUCGACCAACAUCGCGCAACGGUUGAUACUGAGAAGCUGCGCGUCAUCGCCCUUCUCGACUCGUUGCUUUUCAUCAGCAGGUCCGACGCGCCCAUGGGGAUGUGGGUGAAACUGGUGCGGUAUCUGGCGGAGAAGGGCGUGCAGGGCUUCCCGAAGAAGGGUUACGGCACGUACUAUACGACGGAGGCACUGGCGGCUAAAACUGCCGCCGAGAAAAUCCCCGCCUUCAACGUCAUUGACAAGGUGAUUCAGACAGUGGCAGAGCAUCUCGGCCGCUCUGGGCCAUGGCACCAGCGCUUCAUGGGCUUGCAGGAAGUUUUCACGUCAACUUCACUGGAGCUGCAAGGCAUUCAUACCGUCCGCUGGCUAUCGAGGGGUGACGCGGUGCAGAGGCUUCUGAAAGUGUUGCCGGCUCUCAUCGUGAUGCUGAAGGAGUGGGACGCGGAGCUGUAUGCGCUCGUGACAAGCUACAGGUUUCACUUUCUACUGUUUUUUAUAGCAGACGUGCUUGAGCAGCUCAACAUCUUGAACAGGGCCUUCCAGCACAAAGAGCUUGACUAUGUGGGCGUGCAUGCGCAGAUCAAGCGCACAACGUCCCACAUCGAGAGCCGCUACGUCGAUUGCGGCGACGACUUCGGUGGCGGCGUCAGCGAGCUGCUGUCCCCCUUCAUCACGCGCCACGGCCCAGGAGGAAACAAGGAGGUUACUGUCGAGGGUGUCGACUCGGACGGCCGCCCUGCACGCUUCACCUUCAGGCUGCAUGAGGACGAGCAUGAGGACUAUGAUGGGCCUGGGACCCACGAUGCUUGCAUUAAGUUCUGCACCGAGUUCGCCGAGGUGAUCGUGCACCAGCUGCUUCAUCGGUUUGGCGAUCUGGAAGGGAUGUCUGGGGCAAGGCUUUUCACCCCCGACGAGUACCCGCUGGAGCAAGGAGAGAGGAACCGCAGAUGCAUGGAGUGGCUGGAGUCGCUUGUGACCCUCUUCAAGGCCGACCUGACCGAGGAGAUCCUACCCAGUAAGCCCAUGUUUGUGUACUUCACAUGUAACUGUUGUAAUUGGCAUUGCAUAUGUUGUGCUUCACUGUAA